AUGGAGAACAAUUUGACUCGUGACCAUGAAGAAUUUGAACAGAUACCACGUACAGUUGCUGUUAUUACCAUUUUAGGAUAUUUUGUAUUGAAUAUAUUAGGCUGGUUUCGAGAUUUUCUUCGACAUAUUGGCUUAGAAAGGAAAAAAGGUGCCAAAGAUCCAAAUCCAGAAGAUUUUGUUCCACUUUAUCAAAGUUAUGAAUGUUUUUAUACAAGAAAUAUGUAUACAAGAAUUCGAGAUGUAUUUAAUCGACCAAUUGCAAGUGUGGCUGGUGCAAAAGUCGAUGUUAUUGAACGUUUAUCAAAUGAUUACAAUUGGUCAUUUAGAUUUACUGAUAAAAAAUUACAUGCAAUUAAUUUGGGUUCAUAUAAUUAUCUAGGUUUUGCUGAAAAUAACGGUCCAUGCGCAGAAGAAUCUAUUGAGUCAAUUAAGAAGUAUGGUGUGGCUAACUGUAGUACACGACAGGAAUUAGGUAUUUAUCAAAAUGGUGAUGAUUUGAAAGAGUUAGAUAAACAUGUUCAUCUCCUUUCAGGUUCACAAACUUUUCACAAAGAACUUGAAAAUUUAUUAACUCAGUAUCUUGGAGUAGAAGAUGCAAUUGCAUUUGGUAUGGGUUUUGCUACGAACGCAUUAAACAUUCCUGCGAUAGCUCGCAAGGGUGAUUUGAUAAUUAGUGAUGAUCUGAAUCAUACAUCAUUGAUUCUUGGAAUACGUUUAUCUGGUGCUACAAUAAAAACAUUUAAACAUAACGACAUGAAAGCUUUGGAACGAAUAUUAAAAGAAUCUAUUGUAAAUGGACAACCUCGCCAUCAUCGACCAUGGCGAAAAAUAUUGAUUGUUGUUGAAGGCGUUUAUUCUAUGGAAGGUUCAAUAUGUCGAUUACCAGAAAUAAUUUCACUGAAAAAGAAAUAUAAAGCUUAUUUAUAUAUGGACGAAGCACAUUCGAUUGGUGCCAUUGGACCACAUGGAAAAGGAGUUGUUGAUUAUUGGAAUGCAAAUUCAAACGAUAUUGAUGUCCAUAUGGGCACGUUUACAAAGAGUUUUGGUAGCGCCGGUGGUUACAUAGCUGGACGAAAAGAGUUAAUUGAUCAUAUACGUAUACAUUCACAUGGCCAUUGUUAUACAGCAAGUAUGAGUGCACCAGUUAUAUAUCAGAUUAUUUCAUCAUUAAAAAUAAUCAUGGGUAUGGAUGGUACUGAUAAUGGACAUAAGCGAAUUCAACAAUUAGCCAAAAAUGUACAAUAUUUUCGAAGACAUCUUGUUGAUAUGGGAUUUAUUGUCUACGGGAAUGAUAAUAGUCCUGUUGUACCUGUUCUCAUUUAUAUGCCAGCUAAAAUUGCGUAA